AUGAUACCUAGGAAAAUUCGCGAUGAGAUUGAAAGGUUGGUUAAACAGUUUAUCUGGGGAUCAUCUGAGAGGAAAAAGAAUAUAGCUCUGGCGUUACUUCGUGAAAACUUACAUCAAUCUGUUGGGGAUGGCCACAAAAUUCAGUGCUGGAAGGAUAAUUGGAUUCCCAAUAUUGGGCCUCUGUUUAGGCACAUUUCUCCUGAUAUUAAUCUGAAUUCUGAUUGCCUACUGCACGAGAUGAUUACUGAGGAAGUCUUGUGGAACUUAGACCUCUUCCAAGUUUGGCUAUCAGAAGAUGUAAUCCAGGCUAUUAAGGGUAUCCCUCCUCCACAUCCUUCUGAAGAUCCCGAUAGAAUUUCUUGGAGUCACACUUUGUGUGGUGCUUUUUCUGUUAAAUCUGCUUAUAAGGCUCUUAGAAAGGAGACUGGAAUCUGGAAAAUAAGAAAUGGAAGAAUGUUUGGAAGUUUCUUGGGAAGAGUUCUAAGUAAUGUAGAAAGAGUUAGGAGGGCUCUUUCAAAUGAUCCCUCUUGUCUCAUUUAUGGGUUUCACUCGAAAGAUAUUUUGCACAUUUUACGAGAUUGUCCAGCUGCUAAGGAUGUUUGGGCUCAGGUGAAUAAGUUGAUUCAUGAGGGGGCUAGUUGGGCUUGUUUUUUUGGAUUGCUUAUUUGGCGCAUAUGGAAAAAUAAAAAUUUAUACAUCUUUCAAGGCAAACCUUGGAGCUCAAUAAAAAUAGUUCAAGGAUCUUAUAGUUGGGCGAUCCAUUUCUUCUCUUCAUUUCAAGAGAUUCAAUUAAGAUGUCUUGAGCACUUUGUUGAAGUUCAUACCUCUGAGGAACGGGUUUAUCUUAAUACUGAUGGGGCAGUGCAACUGGAUUAUGGACUUGCUGCAGCUGGGGGAGUUGUUCGUGAUAAAAAGGGAAAUUAG